AUGAAUUGGCAAAUAGAUUAUAAUUUAAAAGAUUUGUUGCGUAUAGUAACAAUUGUUUGUGGGUAUCUUUUGAUUAGAGUAUAUCUUCAAAAAUGGAUUAAAAGUAAACAAGCUAGAGAUUAUGAAACUAAAGACAAUGAUAAAAGUUUAGAGAAAGCUACACUUCAUUUAAAUACAGUAAUUGAGAAUGAUUUGGAGGAGGAAACACUUGUAUGGGGAGCUGUGCGUCGAAAAGAACAAAAAAUGAAAUUGGUUGAAUGA